AUGGACAAGAGCUUUGAGGCGAAGUGUCUCGCACAAUUGCCAAUCACCGCGAGCAUACAAGAAAGUGAUUCAACGCGCGCCAGUCUGAACGAUGAAUAUCGCAGUCUGCAAUGGACAGCGGACGGAACCUGCUUGCUCGCAGCUGACUAUAAUAACAACAUCAAGACUAUCGUGGUGCCCGUCGACCUCCUCGAGAGUCGUGAUGACCCUCUUGUGCUAGAGAUCUACUCAAGUCUAUCCUCUCCUGAGCCAGUGAGAGCCCUUGCAGGCGCACCGUUCUUCGAUUUGCAGUCGCCAAGCACCGCUCUGAUCUUGUCCUCCGUCCGAGACCAUCCUCUUCACCUGAGCUCUGCACUGAACGGCGAGAGGAUCGCAGUCUAUCCACUGAUCAAUCCUAUGACAGAAGAGUAUAUUUGUCCAAAUUCACUUACCUUCAGUCUUGACGGGACCCACAUCAUCGCAGGAUCAGAGUCACGGCUCUCAACCUUUGACAUCUCUCGACCCGGAUCCGGCCCGUUGCAUUACACUCAGACCGGGCCUAAAAACAUCAAAGAUGAUCGCUGGAAUCCGAGCACGAGACUACGUGGCAUCAUAUCUGCUCUGGACAUUGAAUCAGCAUCGAAUGUUCUGGCAGCGGGCACCUUCAGCCGGAGCGUCGGUCUGUACGAAGCAGGAGGCUCUGGAACUUGCGUUGGGGCUUUCUCGGUCGACGGUAACGCAGCUGAUGCAGAGAUUGGAGGCAGCGGCAUAACCCAGGUCAAAUGGAGCAAAUGUGGUCGGUAUCUCCACAUUGCAGAGCGCAACAGCGACGGAAUUUUGAUCUACGAUAUUCGAAGCACGGGGCAGCUCCUUUCUUGGUGUACGGGGCGGUCUGCUGUGACCAACCAAAGGCUAUCCUUCGACUUGGGCUCAACGGUCGAUGAGGGGUAUCAUAUUUCGGCCGGUGGCGUGGACGGGUUGGUCCGGACCUGGAAGGACGCUCACAAGCAAGAAGGGGCAAUAGCUCCCAUUGAGAGCAUGCGAAGUCAUACAGGCAAGUCAGAUGCUGUCUCUGGGACUGCUGCGCACCACGCCGGAGGCGUUCUUGCCACAGCUUCUGGGCGCGACUACUUCAAGCAGCAUGAAUCGGACACAGCUGCUCGAGAUGCGCGCAUCAAAAUAUGGCUCGUCGACCACUGA